CUUAAUGUUGAUAUACAUUAUCCAUUCCCGCCAAGGAGCCCCGAAAAAUUCUCCACACGGCCACCGCGCGCGACAGAGAUGUCACUCUACACCCUCCCAAUACGUCCCACUUAUCCAAUCAUCACCUGCCGCGUAUCCCCCGCCACAGCGCCAACCGUCGCUUCUCCUCCACCUCCUCCCUCCUUACUCCCGCCAGCUACUUCCGCAACUGCUGUCCCCUCGCUAACUUGCGCCUUACAGUGUCCUCACUUUGAAUCGUGCUCUGGAUGCACGCACGAGUUCAAUCUACACCGUCCGGUCAUCGUAGACGAAGCAUCUAAUUUCUUCAAGGGUCUUGGAGUGUCAGAUUUUACUUUCGAUAGCUGUAGAUUGUGGGGAUGGAGGUGUCGAGCAAAGUUAGCCGUUCGUGGAUCAUCGGAGAACCCUCUGAUUGGACUCUAUCAGGAGGGUACUCAUAACGUUGUGGAUAUUCCUCAAUGCAAAGCUCAUCACCCCAACAUUAAUGCUGCUGUUGAGCUACUAAGAAAAGGUGUUAGAGAAUUAAAUAUUGAACCAUAUGAUGAGGAUCAAGGGACAGGGGAUUUGCGAUACGUUCAGAUGGCUGUUACAACACACAAUACUGCACUUCCAGCUGUCGAAAGAUAUAGAAAUGGUAGAGUACAGGUUGCUUUAGUUUGGAAUUCAAGAAAUGAGAAGUCCUCAAAUUCGGACAAAUUAAAUGCCUUGGCUAAUUUUUUGUGGAGAAAUGGUGGGUCAAGGAGUAAACUCCAUUUGAUCCAUUCUGUGUGGGCUAAUUUUCAGACAUCUACUAACAAUAUAAUUUUUGGGAAUAGAUGGAGACAUCUUUUGGGGGAAAGGGAUUUCUGGGAGCAUGUUGGGGGGAUUGAUAUAUCCUUGGAUCCCUCCAGUUUCGGCCAAGCAAACACACGGGCUUUUGAUAAUUUGCUUCGGAAGUUACACAAAUAUGUGCCUUUUGGAGCAUCUGUGGCUGAUUUGUAUGCAGGAGCUGGUGUCAUUGGAUUAUCAUUAGCUGCCACUAAAAAAUGCAGGUCUGUAAAAUGCAUUGAGAUUAACAAAGAAUCUAAGCCAUCAUUUGAGAAGACAGUUGACCGCUUACCAAAGUCUAUUGAGGGCAGCAUUAGCUGGCACAAUGCUGACACUUCCAUUGAUCCUCUUUCUUGGCUUGUGGGAUCAGAUGUGAUUGUCAUUGAUCCUCCUCGGAAGGGAUUAGAUACAACUUUGAUUGAUGCAUUACGGACCAUAUCUUCACAUAAAGUUAAACCAUCUUUGAAAGGUUCAUCUUCAAAUAUAAAAGAAGAAAAGAGACCAUGGGUUUUACGCGAAAGAGAACGUGCGAAAGAAGCUUCAGUUCAAGUUGGAAGAGAAACAAUUUCAGAAGAUCCUCAAUCACUUCCAGAAACUCUCAUUUAUAUAAGCUGUGGAUGGGAAAGCUUCAAAGAGGAUUGCAAGUCCUUGUUGAAUAGUAAGUCUUGGCAGUUGGAAAAAGCCCAUGGUUUUAAUUUCUUUCCAGGCACUCAGAGCAUUGAGGUAUUAGCUGUGUUCAAAAGGAGCCUCAAGAAAAAGAAAACAGGAAAGAAAAAGAAGAAACAGGGUUGAGGAACAGUGGCAUUGGAUUUUGUCCGCUUUGACUGUAGCUUUGAUCUCUUAUAUGCAACCAUCAUUGACAACUUUCCAGGGAAAAUGAAAGUUUAACCAACGUCAUAAAAUUCUUAUCCUGCGGAAGGAAGUUUUUGCAUUGCUGCUGUCAACUUUGUGUUUGGGGGAACAAACUCCUCAUCCUUCGUCUCCAAUAUGCAUUGUGUAUCGUGUUUGUAUUAUUAUUAUUAUUAUUAUUAUUUCCAUUAUCAGUCAUUACUUUUUUAUUUUUAAUUUAAUCUAACAUUUUUUUAUUUUAAAUAAAAAGUAUCACUUGUCCCA